UGCAGACCAAAGUCAACCCCUGUCAUAAUCAGUUAUGAGACCACAGAUUUGCCUGCCAACCACAUCAUGCAGAUGGGCCAGCCGGACUCCUCUGCAGUGGCCCAGCCGGUUAGUUCAGUCAUGUACAUGCUGCCAGCAGCACAUGGCUUAGUAACACCUGCUCCUCUGCCAAAUUGUGGUCUUUUCCCAAAUGCAUCUCCACCAAUCUACAGUCCAGUGCCAACUACACCUCCACCCAGCUACGAUAAACUCUCAGAUGCACCACCACCAAACUAUGGUCCAGUUGCAAGAACACCUCCACCAGCAUAUGAGUAUGAAGAUUUACAGACCAGAAGAUGAACUAGAUCUCAGACGCAAAUUGAAAUGUUUGAAGUUUACACAAUUUAUGGUGUUGGAUUAUGGCGAAUGUAAAACCAAAACUGAUACUUGUGUAAAUCAAAUGGAUGAGAAACACGCAUCAGAGUCCUUUGUUUCGAUCGUUUUGUUUUCACCCAAAUGUAUAAUGUUCUGUUGGAUAUGAUUAUACAUAAUACAUUGUUUUUUGUUUGUCAGUUUUCUUAA